CACCUCUGCUCCCAUCUUGCUCCCAAGACACCUUUCUUUCCUCCUCGUUCGUCAGUUUCUAUUUCCAUCAGCCACCGCUUCAACCGCUGACAGGCCAUAACUCGUGAACUGUAUCGACAGCAUGCCUCCCAGCAUCCUCGCUUGUGGUCGCGCUGUUUCCAGUUUCCGUGGCAAAGUGCCGAAACAGUCGCACUUCCGCCGAAACUUUGUGUGCGUGCGUGUGAGUGCCGUGAACGGUUGUGAAUGGUGAACCGCUUUCAUUUUGAGCGCUCAAAGCGGGGUGAAAGAACAAACCUUUUUUCUUCGGACAAAAAAGUUUUAAUUGAGUGUCACAAGGGUGGUGAUGGUGUUUCUGUGCGUAGGUUUGUGUCGGAACGAGAAAAAGGCUUCUUUGAUAUUGCAGCAAUCGUGAGACUAGAAGGCGUAGCAGUCGUGCAAUCAUGCAACCCAACUUAACAAACAAGCGUUUGUCCAUCUGCGGAUGGAAAAAAAGCGGCAGCGAGAAAACGAAGCUGGUGCCGUGGGAUGUGAUCGAUCGGCUGGUGGUACCGAUUAUUUGCUGCCACGCUGCGGCAAUUCUCAUUUCCGGUGCACUGAAUCUGCUGCGAAUUUCCCAAGUGUCAGCGCUGGUCCUGUUCAUCCUGUUCACCAUCCUGACCGUCAGCGGUGUGUUCUUCUACCACAGCCUCACGAUUUCGCCCCUUGGAAAGGCGGUCCUCAUCACCGGCUGUGAGUCACCGCUGGCUCGCGCCCUUGCCAAGUAUCUGGAUGACCUUGGGUUCACCGUGUUUGCGGGCUUCAAGAAGCUGCAGGACAGUGACGAUGCGACCGCGCUGAAGGAAACCUCCUCUGGGCGCCUCAAAUUGCUCCAGCUAAGCGUGACCAGCGAGGUCGAGAUGCUGGAAGCUUCACUUUACAUCGCUCAACAUCUUCCCGCCGGUGAGUCGGGGCUGUGGGCGUUGGUGCACUGCGACCUCUGGAAUGCACUCGGCGAGCUGGAAUGGGUCCCAUUUCCCGUGCUGCGAAAAUCGUUCGACGUUAACGUGCUCGGUGCCUCACGCCUGACACAGAUCAUGUUGCCCCUGAUACGCAGCGGUAAGGGUAGAAUCGUAUUUCUGUCGUCGGCUCUCGCCCAUCUACCGUCGCCGGUGCGCGGUGUCCUGUGUGCAACGCAGGCCGCCAUCGAAGGAUUUGCCGUCUGUCUACGCAAGGAGCUGACGCCCCGUCAGGUUGGUGUGUCGAUUGUGUGCGCCAGCGAGCUGACGGCCGGGGACGCUUGGCUGGAUGAUAAGGAUAUGCGCGAUCAGGCCAAAUCAAUGUGGGCACUGCUAAGCGAGGAGCAGAAGAACACGUACGGUGAAGAUUACUUCGAGCAAGCGAUCCGUUCGCUGGAACCGUUUUGCUACGGGGAUGGCGAUUUUCAUGCAACUGUUCGCGCUUUGUCCGAUGCGAUUGUGCGCACAUUUCCGGUGUUUCGCUACACGCCACUGACGUGCAAGGAAAAGUUUCAGAUCAUCGCUGCCGAGUAUAUGCCGAGCUUGCUGUACGAGAUUCUGUUUAAAGCUUAACUGCCCACAGGGUGUAGAGAGCGUAGAGGUGUUUGUAUUCGUUUCGCUAGUCGAUUGAUGUUCUCAUCUGGGACAUGCUGUAGCUUUGCUAGCCGGAUAGUAAUCAAAGCUCUGUUAUAAAGAUUCUUGUGUUUGUUUAGUGACUAGUAAACAUGUAAAUGUAUAAAAUACCGAAAACCUA